AUGGUAGUAAAUCGCAUGAACGAUGAUGUGGAUGCCAUUAUAAAAACCACGACCACGAUGGAUAGAAACAUAGAUGAAAAGUCUGCCAGACUUGGGCACAUAAAUGCUAGUGAACGGAGGGGAGCAAAGUAUCGGCAUGCGAAUGUUUAUGAUGCUGUUGCAGGUCGCAUCGCAACAGAUAAAUCUUCUAAUAAGUCUUCGACUCUAGCUAAUGACUAUCACGGUAUAACCUCAUCACGAAUAUUCCCAGCUGUCGCUCCCGAAGAAGUCCUAUUUCGGAAGCAAAACGCCCCCGUAAGGUAUAUGGAAAAUGAUUACUAUUUUGCCAACGAAGAUAUACCCGAAGACCAGCCCUUGCCAGACUCUGACCUUCUCAAGGCUAUCCAUGCAUACACUUCGGAUCUGUAUGCAAAUAAGACGGUGGAUCGUGGCCAGUCAGCAUGGCGUAGCAUGGAUGAAACUGCUUUGAUUGCGCUGGGUUUCUUGCUGGAGGAGACUGCUGUAGAGGCUCUUGGAGAAACAGGAGAUUUGGCCUUGGUGGAGGGUGCAGUACCCAGUGAUCCUGAGUGGGAGGCGGAAGCACCGGUUGUCAGAUCCCGUGAAACGUCGGUUUCCGCAUUCAGUACGCGGUCUCGAAUCGAUGGAUAUAGUAGCGGGGGUCUUGAUGAUGUUGCUACAACUUUGUCACGUCAGCGAAAGAGCAAAAAACGCCGGCGGUUAAGUAGCCUGUCGGCCAUGCGACCGGCGUCAGAGAAACCGGUUACUUGA